CUAUUUUGUGUCAUAGACUCUGAAUACACUAACGAUUACAUUUAAAAUCUUAUAUUAUUUCUUUUUAUUCGCUUAAAUCUGUAUUCUAAUCUAAGGCAUGGAUGCAAGAUACAUGGAACCCGAGGGUGGUGCCGUUCCCACUAGUUACGCCAUCCUUUUCAUCCCUCCCAAGUCUGAGAUUCGCAAGAAGGGAUAUGACCCUGAUCAUCUUCGACUAAAUGGAUUGGAAUCUCAUCCUUUGUCCUUCUGGAGGACAUACAGCCUUCCCAGGGGCGCUACAUACAAGGAUGCCGUAUAUAGCAUCCAAGAUAUCAACAAUGGUAAGCGAUGGGGUGUACUCAAAGCGCGUCUUCACUUUUCAGAUGGUAGUGAGGAAGUAUUUGAGCGCAGCAAGCCAAACGAACUGCACUCGCUCCGCAACAUCAAGAUCUAUGAUCCCAAUGGUGUAUAUCGAGCUGAGACCCUGAGCCGUACUACGGCCAAUCAAUUAAAACGUCAACCUCAGCUCAAACCUAUUGCGGAUGAUCGUGGCCACUUAAGGAGAAAGCCAUCACGUCGCACCUUUGCACCGGAGGUGUUGUAUUGCGAAUGCCCGCCACCAAUCUAUUCCCAGGCAGGAUUCGACUUCACACCCGUUAGCUAUAACUCUUUUUUGCUUCGCCCGGAAGAUCCACCUGAGGGCGUGCGCCUACUGAAGAGCAAUUUUACACACAACAGCAAUGAUUACCGUCCACGAUCUUACUUGCGUGCAGGUCCUCCUGAAAGUCGUCAUUGCCACUGCGCAGAGGUAUAUCAAGUGGGAGACUAUACCAUGGACUUGGCGAAGCAAGGCGAACUGGUGAAUCAUCGUAAUCGUUUUGUAAAAAAACAGUUGACUUCCAUUGGGACUGUCAAGCCGAAUCAACUCGUGGUAGGCAAGCGAAAUGCACGUGAAUCUCGCUUUCCUUGUACACUCAUGCAGGAAGAAUCAAGACGGACCAGUGGUACCGAAAAUACCACAACCGCAGCGAUCCUUCAAUCCACUAUGGCGUAGAGGAAGCCUGAAAAUGUAAGCGGGGGCACGGGAAUGACACGAGGCCGGCACCCACUUCUCUUUCCAUUUUAUCCAUUCAUGUAGUUCAGCCAUGGAUUCCAAUGCGGAUAAAAAUGAUGUACACAACUUUUCAGCGAACUGAAUUUUUUUCUCGAAGUAGUACCACUUUUGCUAUCGCGCAAAUGUAUAUUUUCAAUUCUACAGGCAGGGAAAGAUAAGCAAAGGAAAAUAUCCCCCUUCCCCAAAGCUUAACCCUUUUUCGAUUGCAAAGCUUCACCUCAUGUAUUACUUUUAAUUAGCAAUUAACUGAA